AGUGAUUUCCGGUUCCAAGGGAUUGCGCUCUUUUUUGCCUCAGUCUGGACAUCCACCUCACUUGCCAUGUCUGCCCGGUUUUAAUCAUCAUAUGACAAUUCAACAUGCGCAGCUUCCCCGUAUUCCUGACUAUUACGAAACGGCUUAAGGGAUUUCCGCUGCCUUCGACACGACAAGGUAUCCAUCCAACUAUUCGACGCUCUAAAACACCUACCCGCCUAUCAAUGUGAUAUUCCACCACCAACACCAUAGUUCAAAAAGGACCCUAGUAUUGACUUUUCCUAACCCCUGACAAGAAGGACGUACUUUGACAUGCUGCGACUGGACGCGACGGUUAUCCGCCUGUCUCUCUCAGAAAUCAAUGAUUACGGACGAAACCGUCAUUCCAAGGACCAGUGUAGAAGAAGAGCCGAUACCGAUCAGUUGAGCACAACGAUAUCUCCCAAAACAGGAUGGCGGUCAUUGUACGAGGCUAUAGACUCCCCGCUCACGUAUCCUUCUAACAGAAUGCCUCUUGUUUUGCCGCACAAUCUCUCUACUGCAUCAGAAGGACUCGAGAUUUCUACCGGUGGCGGCAACGGCAGCGGCGGCGACCAUAACGAUAAGAACAACAACCACAACAAGGCCGACAAACCAUCCAGCAUCGAUGCCAACGAGACCAUGGCAAUGACCAUCGAGCAGCAUACCGACCCUACAGGGUGUACAUUUAUCCCAAGGCCGCCACUCCCUCCUCCGUUCGCUGCAACACCAAGAGUAUCUUCGCCACUCUACCAGCCCAGCACGCCGAUCCGGUUAUCAAGAGCCAUCGAACUGAAAGAGGCGAUCCACGUCGCUCCGCCCGCGCUUAUUAGCCCUUCAGCACGAUCGCCAACUCUUACAUCUCCAUAUGGUCCCGGCACACAUCAUACCGCUGCAGUGACAGCAUCGUUACAACGACUAGUUAUCUACGACGACACGGUCGCGGCAGAAGCCCAGCCUCAGACGCCGAGGAAUGUCCCCGAGGUCCGGCAUGAGAGCCGGUCCCACGGGUCCUACACGGCACCAAGCUCUCGAACAUUUACCUUGGAAACAUCCACACUCGCUUCAAGGUCACAUCGUCAUCGUCGUCGAGCAGAAGCAAGAAGCCCCGCCAGAAUGAACACCCCCGGGUUUGUUGGGCUCUAUGGCGGCUUGGAGAAUUCCGACGAAGCAGUUUUGUACGAUGCGGAAAUGUGGCGUUGGCUUGCAAGUCAUCGGGAUGUAUGAGGCAGACAACAAGAAGGGCCCGGGGGAUGUUUGAUCAAGACUGGCAUUGGUUACAAAGUGUGCAUUGGUAGAUGCACCUGGGAGACUGAAAAUGGGCUUGAAUCUAUGUCAAGGCACCAGUAGACAGACGCAGAAGUGGAGUUUGUGGUGAUGAUAUGUGGGAGCAGCAAAGUGAGGCAAUACCGUUGUAUUGGCGAUAACUGUGAUGUGAAGCUAACUAGGAGUGGGCUGCCCGCAGUGGGCAGAGGCUAGCCAAGAAGGAGGUGGAGGUAGGUCA